AUGUCGAUGCUUCUUCUCUUGACUGACUCUUCGGCUAUCCGACUCCAUUUGCUUCUCUUCGCUCUCCUCCUCUUUUUGAUUUUCUUGCCCUCAGUAAGAAGUGGUGUGGGUGCUUCUGAAAACCAUUGUCUCAAUCUGUCUGGCACUUGCAGAAGAGACAUCUGCAGAUCAGUUGAGGAUGAAAUUGGAUCCUGCCGAAGAAGGUGGAAAUGCUGUAGAAUCUGGUGGAUUCUGGUACCAGUUCCAACGCCACUUGUCAUCUCAGACUAUCAAGAACCACUUAAGCACAGAUUGAAAUGAAACCAGGAAAAGUAUUGAAAGGAAAG